AUGAGCAUUACAUACGAUGUUUUCCGCGGUUCAUCCGAGGGUAAAAUCAUUGCUGAUAAGACCACUGCUACUCUCGAUUUGAAUGAGGUCUUUAUCGAAACCACACACUCCGGACUAUGCGGAACCGAUGAGCAUUACUUGAAGGCCGAUAUGGUCCUAGGUCAUGAGGGCGUUGGUAUUGUGAAAGCUAUUGGUCCCAAGGUCUCCUCCGUCAAGGUCGGAGACCGUGUUGGAUUUGGAUACACUCACAAAGUUUGCACAGAGUGUGAUAACUGCGUGUCAGGCUGGGAUCAGUACUGCAGAAAUCAGAAACAAUAUGGGUUCCACGACCAGUCUAACGGAACUUUCAGCUACGGUGCUAUCUGGGAUGCUACUUGUGUUUACCCCAUCCCCGAAGGCUAUGAUUCUGUGCACGCUGCACCCCUCAUGUGUGCUGGUGCUACAGUCUGGACUGUCUUGACUGAGUACAAUGUUCGCUCUACUGAUCGUGUUGCUGUGAUGGGUGUCGGUGGCUUGGGUCACUUAGCCAUUAAGAUUGCUAGUGAGAUGGGAUGCCACGUUGUCGUACUAUCAAGCUCCGAGGCCAAGCGGCAAGAAGCGAUGGACUACGGUGCCUCUGAAUAUCAUGUCUUCCGGUCUGGUGGACAGCCACCCGUGGACUUCAAGCCUGUCGACCACCUCCUUCUCUGCGGCAGUGGUAGCGUUGAUUACAUUUCGCUUAUUCCUUUGAUGAACACACAUGGUAGCAUCUAUCCAUUGACAGUCGCUUUCGAGCCUUCUGCAGUACCCCUACUGGAUAUGGUCUGGAAGGGUGUCCGGAUUCAGGGUUCACUGGUCGCCUCCCGCCGCUCAAUCCGUACUCUGCUGGAGUUCGCCGCCAGAAAGAAGAUUUAUCCUACUACCAUGACCUUCCCAUUGAACAAGGAAGGCAUUGAAGAGGCCAUGCAGACCCUCAGAGAGGGUAAGAUGAGAUACCGAGGUGUGCUGAUCAAGCAAUAA